AUGGUGUAUAGAAAGCUUUUAAAGGGAACUCGGACAUUACGUUGCUAUGAUCCGUAUGUAGACAUUGUUAUUUAUAUGAGCUCAUCAUCAAAAAUGUUGAUCAAAUUCAAAGAAGAAAUGUUGAGAACCUUUGAGAUGCCGGAUCUCGGCCUGCUAAGAUAUUUCUUGGGUCUAGAGGUAAAGCAGAAACCAGGUUCUCUGUUUGUGUCUCAACAUAAAUAUGCCGAAGAUUUAUUGAAGAAAACUGGAAUGUUACACAGCAAGGCAAUCUCUACUCCUAUGAAUUCAAAUGAAAAACUUUAUAUGAAGGAUAACUCUGGGAAUGCAGACUCAUCUCGCUAUAGAAGAAUUAUGGGAAGCUUAUCGUAUCUAACACACACCAGACAGACCUUAUGUACGCCGUUGGGGUGGUUUCUCGGUUCAUGCAAGCGCCUACAUCAUAUCACAUGGGCGCUGUUAAAUAAAUACUACACUAUAUAUCAGGAACAAUGA